AUGAGGCUGGCAGAGACCCAGGUGACCCUGAGGACGCCCCUCCUGCUGCUUGGGCUCUGGGCAGUGCUGGCUCCAGGCCAGUGUUCUCAAGGCCGUCCCUCGUGGCGCUACAUCUCCUCCGAGGUGGUGAUUCCCAGGAAGGAGUUGCAGAGCGGCAAAGGCGUUCAGAUGCCAGGGUGGGUCUCCUACAGCCUGCGUUUUGGGGGCCAGAGACACGUUAUCCACAUGCGGCGCAAGAAACUGUUUGUGCCUAGACAUCUGCUGCUGAUGACUCAGGAUGACCAAGGAGCCUUACAGGUGGACUCCCCCUUCAUCCCUCAAGACUGUUAUUACCUUGGCUACCUGGAGGAGAUUCCUCUUUCCAUGGUCACCGUGGAGACGUGCUACGGGGGUAUCGAAGGCAUCAUGAAGUUGGAUGACCUUGCCUAUGAAAUCAAACCACUCAAGGAUUCCCAAAGGUUUGAACACAUUGUUUCUCAGAUAGUGGCCGACACCAACGCCACAGGACCUGCGUAUAGACUGGGAUACAAGGAGGAUAGGGACCCCCUGUUCUCUCAGGCAAAUGCCAGUGCAGAGCCCAGGCUCUCCUCUAGGGUCUUUGCAUCCCACUAUGGAUCAAUAAAAGCCCUUGUAAUGACUUCCAACAGGAUGUACCGUGUGUACAACAAUGUAUCCAAAUGUGCAACCUUUCUGAUACAUCUAAGUACUAUAAUUGAUUCAAUCUGGAGAGGUCUUGAUCUUGGUAUGUUUCUUACUGCCAUAGUUAUUUUUGACCAGAGAGAUCCAGCUGACAUGAAUGACCAUAGGGUGCCAGGCAGUGGUUUUUAUAACUAUUUUUCUAACACGCUGAAUAGAGCUAUGAGUCCACAUUCAAGUCUAAUCGUGAAACGUGACGGGCCUCAUGAACUUCAGUUUAAUCCAGGCAUAUAUUCCAUGUGCCAGGCUCACAAUCUUAUCAUGCUGGGUGCUCUAGGAAGACACUAUUUAUUGCUGGCUAUCAUAGCAUCUCAACAGAUAGGGAGAUCGUUUGGUCUGUAUUUCGAUGAAUCCACUUGUGUUUGCCAGAGAAGGACCACGUGCAUCAUGUACAGAUACCCUGUGAUGACGGAUGCCUUCAGUAACUGUUCCUUUAUGCAUACCCAGCACAUACUUGGUAACGAUGUAUCCAAAUGUGUGUUCUCCACCCAGAGGGUGUAUUUAAAUAAAAGCCUGACACAAGAUCGUUGUGGAAACCAUGUAGUGGAAGAAACGGAGCAGUGUGACUGCGGCUCCUUCAAGCAGUGUUACAGCAGCCCAUGCUGCAAUAGCAACUGUCGCUUUACGACUGGAAGCGCCUGUGACACAGGCAGAUGCUGUACAAACUGCACCUUCUCCCCUGCUGGGAUGCUUUGCAGACCAAUCCAAAAUAUAUGUGAUCUUCCCGAGUACUGCCGAGGGUUAAGCUCAAAAUGCCCUAACGACGUUUAUAUGCAAGAUGGAACUCCAUGUACUGAAGACGGCUACUGCUACCGUGGAAAUUGCACUGACCGCAGCAUUCACUGCAAAGAAAUCUUUGGGGGAAAGGCUGUGAAUGCUCCAAGGAGCUGCUAUGAAAUAAAUAAAAGAGCCAAUCGAUUUGGACACUGCAGAAGAGCCGAAAUGACGUACAGAUUUGGGUCCUGUGCGAACGCGGAUAUUCUGUGUGGAAGGCUGCAGUGCAUCAACGUCACGCACCUUCCGCAGCUGCAGGAACACGUCGCCUUCCAUCAGUCUCUUAUCUUAGAUCACUUGUGCUUCGGGGUGGGUUCACACCGUGGGACCGGAACAACAGAUGUGGGUCCUGUGAGAGAUGGUAGCCUCUGUGAUUCUGGAAGAUACUGUCAAAAUAGCUACUGCAAUGGUUCUAUCGAGGCAAUGAAUUAUGACUGUACCCCUGAGAAAUGCAAUCUGAGAGGAGUCUGCAACAAUCUGAGGCAUUGCCAUUGCCAUGAAGGGUGGGAACCUCCAAGGUGCUUACAGAAAGGUGCAGGAGGGAGCGUUGACAGCGGACCCCCUCCAAGAAAACAGCGGAAGGUGACAGCCAGCCUGUGGCCAGUGGUGUAUCUGAGAGUGCUCUUUGCCCGCAUUUAUGCCUUAAUAGCCGCACUCCUCUUUGGCGUGGCCACAAAUGUAAGAACUGUCAAGGUCACUGAAGUAAAGGAAGUGACAGUUGGUGAAACUAAACGAUAA